CUGAUCUCCAGAGCGUCUUCCCUCUGAAGGAUCUGGGAGAGUUCUUGGUUUUGUUGAAGAAAGAUAAGGAACAUCGACUUAAAGAGCUCACCAUGAUUGUAACGGGGAUCAGACUCUUCACUGAAGCCAGCAAGAGAACAGAGGAGGACUUCAACAUCCAGGAGUUAAUGCCCUCUUCUCUGAAAGAAGCCCUUCCAGUCACAGCAGCACACGUCCACACCGAGCUGAGUGGGACGCAGAGUUUAGUGUGGAAAUACACGGCUGUGCUGGAGACGUUCACAAACCCCAACGUCCAGUCCAGACAGUGUGAUGUGCCCGUCGUCCUGCUCAAACAGGCUCUCUACAACGUCAGGCAGCAUGAACGUUUCCUCAGAGUCCUGCAGACAGAUGUGUGUUUAUGCACUAAGUAUGUAGACAAGCUGCAGACAGAGAUGUCCUCUCAGCUGAUGCUGCUCAGAAACACUGUGCAGUCAAAGRCAGCUGUAUCAACUGCUACAGUCUUUCCAUUAUUUAAAGCCGUGUCGAAAAUAUGGACCGAGCUCCAGGACGAGGCUGCACUCCUGAACCUCCUGUCCGACAUCACGCUCAGUCUGAAGCCCUUCAUCAGUUCUCAGUCACAGAUGUUCUCUGAGACAUAUCUGAGCGACUUGCUGGAGGCAUCAGAGGUAAAGACAGAUGAACAGAGGAUGGCAGAAACCUCAGGCUGAUCUUCGGACCAAAGCGACCCACUCGGUGCAGACUGACCUGAGCCUCAUGAGGAGGGAAAACGUCACCCAGACGUGGCUUCCUAAAGACGCUGCGUGUCAAAGCAGGACGGAUGUUGGGAGCAGCGUGGCCAAACCUCGGGCCUAUCUGUCCGGUCUGAGGGGACAGAAAAAUGCACGUGUGGUCCAAACGAACCUGACAAGACCUGAGAAUGAGUAAACAAAACAUGAACUUUAAAGGAACUGAGGUCAUUUGUAGCAGGGGAUCAAAUUUCAUUGUUUUUAAAUUGCAAGCUGUUUUAUUGAGAGCUGAAGCUCGAGGUUUGAAGUUAUCUUCAAAAAAAGAACAUGUAGACCCUUAGUUUUUUUUUUUUUUUUUUUACCAAAUAUCCAUUAGAAGUUGCAGACAUUAGUUUUAAAACAGCCUAAGAUAAAAAUAUACUCUUUUAUGAUCUCAAACUUUGGAGCUUUAGAAAAUGUGUUUAACAACCUUUGAGAGUUUUUGUUUAAAUUUGAUACUUUGUGCUGUUGAACAUGCAGCACAAUUUUAUUGAUGGUGAGUUUAAUCUUGUCCUGUUUUUAAGGUUUAUAAAGUUUGUAUUUGUACUUGAAAAAACUUCUUUGGUGGACAUUACAAAAAACGAGUCUACUUCCUGAAAAGUGUUCUUUGCUCAGCUGGAUGUAAUCGAUGUAUUUUAUUUAUCAUAAAGUUUUCUGGUUUC